AUGGCAACUGUGACGGCUCCCCUAGAAUCGCUACGGCCGUUGGCUGUGCCGUCGCCCAUGACGAGUAUCGCAGAAGUCAAGCCAGUUACGAUUAGCGCACAGGCUCCAAGCACUAUUGAUGAAUUGAUCAAGCUUUGUGCAAGCCAGCCAGAAGCUGACGAGCCUAUUAUCGCUUAUCCAAAUAAUGACAUCGAUUACGUCUACUACACUCCGCGACAGCUUAAUGAACUAGUUGAGCAAGUCGCCAUCCAUUACUCGGCAUUCAUACCGCAACGAAUAAAAUCUUCUGAUCAAGUGCAAGUUGUUGGCUUACUUGGCCCCUCGGACUUGGACUACCUCAUCACUCUCCUGGCAGUGACUCGAUUGGGACAUACGGUGCUGUUCCUCUCCACGAGGAUAUCGGAAGAUGCUGUUGUCAGCUUAGUUCAGGCAACCAAAGCCACCACAUUAUUAUUCAAUGAGAGUUAUGAGACACUCGCAGCUGGUGUUCAGGAGCGUACCGGCGCAUCCACAGGGCUUAUACACUCUCCGACACACGAUAAGUCAAGAAUAUCAGCUGAAAACCAAAGACUUCCACAACAUCAUCUAGACGGCGCAACAGAAAACAAACACGUCUGCUGGAUCAUUCAUUCCAGCGGUUCCACCGGACACCCGAAACCCAUAUUUCAAACACACUCUGGAGCGCUCCGGAAUUACGCCAACAAUUUCGGUCUUCGCGGCUAUAUCACGCUGCCUCUCUACCACGCUCAUGGCAUCAGCUGCGUUUUCCGAGCAAUACAUUCACGCAAGAUUAUCUAUAUGUACUGUGCCAAAGUGCCCCUGACUGCUCACUAUUUGCUCGCAACUUUACAAGCGCAUCCCGAGAUCCGGGUUCUCUAUGCUGUGCCAUAUGCUCUGAAGCUGCUAUCAGAAAGUCAUGAUGGCUUAGCCACCCUCAAGAGCCUUGACCUCGUCAUGUUCGGUGGAUCUGCCUGCCCCAAGCCUAUCGGUGACAAAUUGACGCAAAAUGGAGUCUUACUCGUAUCCCACUACGGAACUACCGAAACUGGCCAACUGAUGACCUCCUUCCGUGACCGCUGUGAUACCGCCUGGGAUUACUUGCGUGCUGGACCCGAACUUCGCCCUUACCUCCGUAUGGAGGAGAGAAGUCCCGGGAUAUAUGAGCUGUGCGUUCUUCCCGGAUGGCCAUCGAAAGUUGCCAGUAACCGAGACGAUGAUUCGUAUGCAACAAAGGAUCUCUUCGAACCACAUCCUACUAUCCCCAAUGCCUGGCGGUAUUAUGCUCGUUUGGAUGAUACGUUGGUUCUUGAAAAUGGUGAAAAGGUCAACCCUUUGCUUAUUGAGGAUGUUGCUCGUGACAACCCCAAUGUGGCCGAUGUGGUCGCCUUUGGAGCCAACAAAUCCUAUGUCGGUGUAUUCUUGGUUCCUGCCAAAAUUUCCACUGUGAAAAGUGACAAAGAGCUGGUCGACUUGAUUUGGCCAGCUAUCGAAGCUUGUAAUAAGAAAAUGCCAGCAUACGCCCGCGUGAUGAAAGAUAUGAUCAAAGUCUUGCCAUCGACUGCACAGUAUCGGACAACUGACAAGGGAACCGUGAUUCGAUCUGCAUUCUAUCGUGAUUUUGCCGGUCAAAUUGAGGAUGCCUACCGUGAUGACAGUAUCAAUGAAGCCCUCCCUGCUAUAGAAGGACCGGAACUCCUGGCUCAUCUACGCCAAUUAUUGGCAGAAGUCAUAGUGAGCAAUGGCGCCAGCGCUGAUGUGAAAGAUGAUACAGACCUUUUCAGCUUGGGUAUUGACAGCUUGCAAUCUCUCAGAUUGCGAAUGUCAAUCAUGAAAUCUAUCAACCUGGCUGGUGCUUCGCCUCCUCAAAACUUCGUUUUCGAGAAUCCGUCAUUGCAUGCCAUGGCAUCUGCAUUGACUCGGCUGCGUCUUGGACAAGGGGCUGGAGUGCAACCGGAUAUUGAGACUCGUAUGACUGCAUUGAUCGAAAAGUAUGGUACAUUUGAUCAAUCAUCUAUCAUCUCCAAGAAGGGGGACAGUAGUAUUAUCGUCGAAACGAGUAAAGCUGUUCUUUUGACCGGAGCCACAGGAUCUCUCGGCGCACACAUUGUGUCCCAAUUAGCAUCAUCCACGGAAUGCAAAGCCGUGUACUGUCUGGUACGAGCAAAAUCUAAGGAAGCAGCAGCUAAACGUGUAAGACAGUCGCUACAAGCUCGCAACUUAUAUCACAAAAUCUCCGCUAGUAUACAGAGGAAGAUAGUUGCUUUACCCGCCGAUACAACUGACCCUCAACUUGGAUUGAGCGAGGAGACAUAUACGUUUCUGAAAUCCCAGAUCACCCAUGUCAUACAUUGCGCGUGGUCAGUGAACUUCAAUAUGACUCUCGAGAGUUUUACGGACUGCAUUGCCGGAACACGCCAUCUUCUCGACUUUUGUCUACAGGCAGAACGACCAGAUGGCGCAGCUUUUGCAUUCUGCUCCUCAGUGAGCACAACGGCAAGGACACCAGGCAACUCAGUGCCUGAGGCGCUCCCUCAAUCGUUGAGUUAUGCGCAGAACAUGGGCUACGCGCAAUCUAAGCUCGUCACGGAGUAUGUAGUGCGUCGUGCUGCUCAGAAGACUGGUUUGACAGCACGUGUUCUUCGCAUUGGUCAGAUCAUUGCUGAUACCAGAUACGGUAUCUGGAAUGCAUCCGAAGCUAUCCCAAUGAUCUUUCAAACCGCAGAGACCAUACAUGCACUGCCCAAGUUGAAUGAAUUGGUCUCUUGGACGCCAGUUGAUACCAUCGCUUCUAGCGUAAUUGACCUGACCGUGGCCCCGUCCGAUAGUGCAGUUGAGGUCGUGAAUGUCACAAAUCCAACUCUUAUCCACUGGACGAAGGAUUUGCUACCCUUGCUUCACGAAUCCGGUCUCACAUUUGACGAAUUGCCUGCUCGCGAAUGGAUUGGCAAACUUCGGCAUUCGGAACAAGAUCCCGUGGCUAACCCGCCUAUAAAACUGCUCGAGUUCUUUGCUUCCAAAUACGACAACGACAACGCACCAACUGGCAAGCGUGUAUUUGAGACGGGUAUUGCUCAAGCUCAUGCGUCAAGUCUCCGUCAAGCAGGCGCUCUUAACAAGACUCUUGUUGAGCGUUUUGUUAAUUACUUCCGCACUUCUUGCUGGUUGACUCCUCUUGCAGUUACAGAGAAGCAAGAGCGUCGCUCGAUCAUUUUCCUGACCGGGCCAUGUGGCUCUGGUAAGAGCACCGUUGGUGUAAGCCUAGCCGAAAAGUUAGGACUACCACUCAUCGAGGGCGAUGACAUUCACACCCGAACUGCUCGACAAAAGAUGCAUAACCUUCAGCCUCUUGAUGACGCUGAUCGAUUCAUAUGGCUCGCUCAUAUCCGUGGUGCAGUAGCAGACAGAAUCGCGUCAUCUAGUGCUCCGGGAGCUAUUGUGACAUGCUCUGCACUUCGAUCUACAUACCGUGAUGAAUUGCGCAAGCUGUCGGAGCUCUUUAAAGAGGAUGUCGAAGUAAUUGUCCGGUUCAUCUUCCUAGAUACGGGUGACGACUCAGAUUCUCUAGAGCAACGCCUACACAUGCGUCAGGGUCAUUAUAUGAAACCCGAUAUGGUAAAGUCGCAGAUUGAAAUUUUGGAGCGGCCCACAGAGUCAGAGACCGAUAUUAUCCCUGUUAAUGCUAAGCAGAGCAAGGAGGCCGUUUUGAGAGAGGCUGAGGAAAUUGUUAGAGAGAUUCUAGAAUAG